ACAUCCGAAGCGGGAAACGCCUUUUGAAAUGGCAUUUUGUAUCACCUCGAAAUUAGUCAGAAUUGCUCGCCCAAAAAUCGCCAUAAACCCUAGAAAAACCCCAAUUCUCGCCUCUGCAAUCUCGAUCCGACGGCAACGAUGUCGUGGUCCUGCAAGAAAUGCACCUUCCUCAACCCUCCUUCGCAGAAACCCACUUGCCAGAUUUGCCUAUCGCCGUCUUCUCCGCCGGCGCCGGCGGCGUCGCCGUCGUCGUCGACCCCGAAAUGGUCGUGCAAAGCUUGCACCUUUCUGAACUCUUACAAGAACGCCGACUGCGAAAUCUGCGGCACGAGGGCUUCGCUGUCGACGAUGUCGAGCUUCGAGGAUCUGCGAGACACGAGCACGGCGGCGGCGGGGGCGGGGGGGGCGGCGGCGGGGGGACUCUUCGGUGGGGUCUGUGUUCUACCCCUGCAGCGCUGCAAGAGGAAGAGGGGUGAUCAGGGUGCUGGUGUUGGGGAGGAUCGUGUGGAAGUGGGUAGGAUCGGUGGAGCUGAGGAUGGGAGUGAGAGAGUUGAUGCGAAAGAGGAUGGCAAGUCAAGCGCAGCUCCGAGUUCAUGGAAAAUACUUAGUUAUAAUGUUUGGUUUAGAGAGGAUCUGGAGAUGCACAAGAGGAUAAAAGCAAUUGGGGAGCUUGUUCAAAUGCACUCUCCACAUGUCAUUUGUUUCCAGGAGGUUACUCCAGACAUAUAUGACAUUUUUCAGCUGUCAAGUUGGUGGAAGUUAUAUCAUUGCUCUGUUUCGAGUGAUGCAGCAAAUUUAAGACCCUACUUCUGCAUGAUGUUAAGUAAACUGCCUGUCAGAUCUUUCAUCUGCAAACCUUUUGGGAACUCUGUGAUGGGGAGAGAACUUUGUAUAGUUGAGGUUGAAGUCGAAGGGAAGAAGCCUCUAGUUAUUGCCACGAGUCAUCUCGAGAGUCCCUGCCCAGGUCCUCCAAAAUGGGAUCAAAUGUACAGCAAGGAACGAGUAGUUCAGGCAAAAGAAGCCAUGGAUCAUCUCAGCAAGUAUCCAAAUGUGAUUUUAGGUGGUGACAUGAACUGGGAUGACAAAUUGGAUGGCCGUUUUCCAUUACGUGAUGAAUGGGUUGAUGCUUGGGAGGAGUUGAGACCCAGUGAAAAUGGAUGGACAUAUGAUACGAAGUCCAACCCUAUGUUGUCUGCUAACCGCACAUUACAGAAGCGUCUGGAUCGAUUUCUCUGUAGUCUGCAUGAUUUUAAGAUAACAGGUAUCGACAUGAUUGGGAGGGAGGCGAUUCCAGGUCUGACUUACUGCAAGGAGAAAAAGGUCAGGAAAGAGUUAACUAAUUUGGUGCUUCCAGUUCUGCCCAGCGAUCAUUUUGGCUUGCUUCUAACCAUUGGCAGCAAGUAAUGCCCCAGGUGCUGAAGUUGUUGAAUUGAUGCUUAUGUCGAAAAGUAUCAUUUUGUGCUUCUCAUGCAUCUAUCUGUAAAUGAAAUCCCUUAAACAAAAUAUUACACUGAAAAUCCUGUAGAGAAUUAUGAUUCUCAUUUUGCAAAAGCCAUGGCUGGCCAUUUUGAAAGGUGCUGUGGAACAACAGUUGAUCUAAGGGGACUGUAACUACUUAUGCUGAAGCGGUAACAAUGUUGAUCUCAUGUCUGUGUUUUUCCCUCUGAGAUGUCACUAUUGGUCAUUUCAGAUGCUAGUUGCUGAAAAGAACUAGCAGUCUUGUAAUUUCUACUUUCUGCUCUUUUCGCAGAAAUCUGUCUGCCUUUUCUUGUCAGUUGGUGGGGAAGAUCAAUUUGCUGUGUAUUUGCUUCAAGAAAAAUCUCCUUAAAUGAAGAAAGGCCAACAGCUUAUGUUUUA